GAGAGAGAUCCCCCCGUGAAAUCCUGGCAUUGCUUCCUCAGACUUUUGACGGAGAUCAAGAGAAGAAGAAGAAGAAGAGAAGCUCUUUCCCCUCUCUCUCUCUCUUGAUUCUCUCUCUAAUCUCUCCUUCCUAGCUCGCCACCACGAUCUCUGUUUCCAACUUAUCACCGGACCAGAAUUUCCAUGAAGCGUGAUAUGUAUUGAAAUUUUCAUGUUAACGAAGAAGAAGAAGAAGAAUAAGAAUGUUAUAGGUUUGAAAUUCCUCUAGAGUAUGAUAUGAGGAAAAGCUUAUUGUUGAAUUAUUUAUUAUUGAGAAGAUUUGGAGUUUGGAGGAGGUGAUAACUGACAAUGACAAAAGGUAGGAUACGAGCGAAGAUUAGAAGAAGUCAUCUAUAUACAUUUGGAUGUAUUCGUCCUCCUGCUGAUCAAGGAGAUGCUCCUACUCAAUUCAAUGGACCUGGAUUCUCGAGAAUUGUUCAUUGUAAUCAACCGAAACCACAAGAUAAAAGAAAUGCUGUUAAAUAUUGUACAAAUUAUAUAUCAACCACCAAGUAUAAUUUCUUCAAUUUCGUUCCCAAGGCCUUGUUUGAACAGUUUCGACGUGUUGCCAAUGUGUAUUUCCUCUUGACUGCUGCUCUAUCCCUAACAGAUAUUGCUCCCUUUUCUGCUGUUAGUAUGAUUGCUCCUUUGGCUUUUGUUAUUGGCCUUAGUAUGGCAAAGGAAGCUCUUGAGGAUUCGCGAAGGUUUAUUCAGGAUAUGAAGGUAAACACGCGUAAAGCUAAUUUCCAUAAAGGUGACGGGGAAUUUGGUCAGAAACCGUGGAUGAAACUUUUCGUGGGAGAUGUGGUGAAGGUAGAAAAGGAUAAGUUCUUUCCUGCAGAUCUACUUCUGCUGUCGUCGAGCUAUGAGGAUGGUAUUUGUUAUGUUGAAACAAUGAAUUUGGAUGGAGAAACUAACCUAAAAGUGAAAAGAGCUUUGGAGGUAACCUUACCAUUGGAUGACGACUCGUCGUUUAAGAAAUUUACUGGAAGAAUCAAGUGUGAGGAUCCCAAUCCCAAUCUCUACACUUUUAUGGGAAAUUUUGAGUAUGAUCACGAGGUUUAUCCUCUCGAUCCUGGCCAGAUUCUCCUUAGGGAUUCAAAGCUUCGAAACACGGCUUACAUUUAUGGUGUCGUGAUAUUCACUGGACACGAUAGCAAGGUCAUGCAAAAUGCAACCAAAUCUCCAUCCAAAAGGAGUAGGAUUGAAAGACAGAUGGACAGAAUCAUUUAUAUUCUGUUUAGCCUUCUUCUUUUAAUCUCGUUGAUCAGCUCAAUAGGGUUUGGAGCAAAGACUGGCUAUGAAAUGCCUAACUUCUGGUAUUUGAGACCCUAUGAUGAUUCAAAAUUUUAUGAUCCAACUCGACCAGCCUUGUCUGGCUUUUAUCAUUUGGUAACUGCCCUUAUCCUCUACGGAUACUUAAUCCCUAUAUCACUCUAUGUUUCAAUAGAAGUUGUAAAGGUCCUGCAAGCAUUCUUCAUGAACCAAGACAUCCACAUGUUUGAUGAAGAUACUGGAACGCCUGCCCAAGCACGAACAUCGAAUUUGAAUGAGGAGUUGGGCCAGGUGGAUACCAUUCUUUCUGAUAAAACUGGCACCUUAACGUGCAACCAAAUGGAUUUUCUCAAAUGUUCAAUCGCUGGAUGCCCAUAUGGCACACGAGCAAGUGAGGUUGAAUUUGCUGCAGCACAACAGAUGGCUACAGACCUUGAAGACGAGGACGAUUCUGAUAUAAACAAAAAUGUUAUUGACGAGAUUGAGCUUGAAACUAUCAUCACUUCCGGAGAAGAUCAUAGACGUGUCAUAAAGGGGUUUAGCUUUGAGGAUAGCCGUCUGUUGAAUGGGAAUUGGAUGAAAGAACCCAAGUCCGAACAACUUCUUUUGUUUUUCAGGAUACUCUCUGUUUGUCAUACUGCUAUUCCGGAGGUGAAUGAGGAAACUGGUGAGGUUACCUACGAAGCUGAGUCUCCUGAUGAAUCAGCAUUUCUAGUUGCUGCACGAGAAUUUGGGUUUGAGUUCUGCAGGAGAACACAGUCAAGCGUUUAUGUUCGAGAAAGAUACCCUUCAUAUGAUAAUCCAGUUGAAAGGGAGUUCAAAAUUCUUGGACUAUUAGACUUCACCAGCAAGAGGAAGAGAAUGUCAGUUAUGAUCCGGGGUGAGGAUGGUCAGAUUUAUCUCUUCUGCAAAGGAGCGGACAGCAUCAUAUUUGAUCGGUUAGCAAAAGAUGGAAGAGAGCUUGAGGGAGUUACCACUAAGCAUCUAAAUGAAUAUGGAGAUGCUGGACUGCGUACUUUGGCACUUUCUUUUAGGAAACUUGAAGAGGAAGAAUUCUCUUCAUGGAAUGAAGAGUUUCUCAAGGCAAAGACUGCUAUUGGGAAUGAUAGAGAGGCAAGGCUAGAAAAAGUUUCAGAAAUGAUGGAAAAGGAUUUAAUCCUUGUUGGUGCCACUGCUGUAGAAGACAAACUACAGAAAGGGGUUCCUCAAUGCAUAGAUAAACUUGCUCAAGCUGGACUUAAGAUCUGGGUUCUCACAGGUGACAAGAUGGAAACUGCAAUCAAUAUAGGGUUUUCUUGCAGUCUUCUUCGACAGGGGAUGAAGCAAAUCUGUAUAUCAGCAACAAAUGCAGAAGGCUCAGAACAAGAACAGAAGGAGGCUAUCAAGGAGGACAUUAUGCAGCAAAUCACAGAUUCCUCGAAAAUGAUAACUCUUGAGAAGGAUCCGCAUGCUGCAUUUGCUCUAAUUAUUGAUGGGAAAACUUUGGUAUAUGCUUUAGAGGAUGAUAUGAAGUAUCAAUUUCUAAGUUUAGCGGUUGGAUGUGCAUCUGUCAUAUGUUGUCGUGUUUCUCCUAGACAGAAGGCCCUGGUCACUAGAUUAGUUAAAGAAGGAACGGGAAAAACAACUUUAGCAAUUGGUGAUGGUGCAAAUGACGUUGGAAUGAUCCAAGAAGCAGACAUUGGUGUUGGCAUCAGUGGCGUAGAGGGAAUGCAGGCUGUGAUGGCUAGUGACUUCGCUAUUGCGCAAUUUCGGUUCUUAGAAAGACUUCUAGUCGUCCAUGGACAUUGGUGCUAUAAGAGAGUUGCUCAGAUGAUAUGUUAUUUCUUCUACAAGAACAUAGCUUUUGGCCUUACACUAUUCUACUUUGAGGCACUUGCUGGCUUCUCUGGUGAAACUGUUUACGACGAUUGGUAUAUGCUUCUCUUCAAUGUCGUGCUUACUUCCUUACCAGUGAUUUCACUUGGUGUAUUUGAGCAAGAUGUUUCUUCCGAUGUCUGCUUACAGUUCCCAGCACUCUAUCAGCAAGGACCAAACAACUUGUUCUUUGACUGGUACAGAAUAUUUGGAUGGAUGGGGAAUGGUCUAUACACAUCACUAAUAAUCUUCUACGUCAGCAUCUUCAUCUUCCACCAUCAAGCAUUCCGAACCGACGGCCACACAGCUGACAUGGCAACAAUGGGUACAUCCAUGUUCACAUGCAUAAUCUGGGGUGUAAACCUCCAGAUUGCGCUCACUAUGAGCCACUUCACAUGGAUACAACAUUUCAUAAUAUGGGGAAGUGUCUUCUCUUGGUAUAUAUUCCUUAUCCUCUACGGUUUAUUGCCACCCGAUCGUAGUUUAAACGGGUAUAAACUACUAGUGGGAGCUCUGGCCCCUUCCCCAAAAUUCUGGUUGGCUACACUCUUGAUCACGAUCCUGUGUAAUAUUCCAUACAUGGCUCAUAUAUCUUUCCAGAGAACAUUCAGACCGUUGGAUCAUCACGUGAUUCAAGAGAUUAAGCAUUAUAAGAAGGAUAUUGAGGACAGGAGAAUGUGGAAUAGAGAAAGGUCGAAAGCCAGACAGGAAACGAAGAUUGGGUUAUCGGCUAGGGUUGAUGCGAAAAUCAGGCAGUUGAAAGGGAGGUUAACAAAGAAGUAUUCAUUAAUAGGUAUGUCCCCUCAACAUUAAUUCUUGCCUAAAUAUCAUCAUUCUCUACUCUCCAUUUGUUUAGGAUUUUUCCAUGGUUGAUUUUUUUUUUUUUGGAGUUGAGAGAAAAGAAUCCCCAGAAUCAUUAAAUAUAUAUUGAAAUGUUGUAUAUGCUAAAGAAAAAAUAUCAAGUGUUACACAUAUAAUGUCAAUGGAGAAGCUAAUUUACAAUGUAUCUCCCUUCUUCUUGUUUCGGGUUAAUCAUGUUUAGCUAG